AUGUAUGUUUUAUUAUACUUCAUAAUAGGAAUAUUAUGGGGAUGUACUAAUGCAUUUAUGAAAAAAGGAUGUAUAUAUAAAUCAAAUGAUGAAAAUAUAAAGAAAGAAAAUAUUCUUUCAAUAUUUACAAAUUAUUAUAUUAUAGUACCCUAUAUAUUAAAUCAAAUAGGUUCUUUAUUUUAUUAUUAUUUAUUAAGUAUAUGUGAUAUAUCUUUAGUAAUGCCACUAUGUAACACCUGUUCCUUUUUUUUUACAUAUAUUACUGAACUUGUAAUUUUUAAAAAAGCAUUAACUUUUAAUUCUCUUAUGGGAUUCAUGCUAAUAUCCAUGGGAAUCUUUAUAUGUCUAAACUGUUGA